AUGAAUCAACUUGAGGGAGAUCAGGAGGCAGCAAAAGGCCUCUCACCGAGCCCUGAAAGGUCGAAAGUUGUACCUGGACGAAAGCAGAAAAAAGAGCCUGACCACAAUCAGUACAACUUUCAUGGUCGCAAGAGGGAUAAAUCAAAGGAAGAGAAGGAGCAAAAGAGCAAAUAUAUACUCAAAGGAGCUUACAACACUGAUUUACAGACCACGAGAACAAAAACUACCAAAGAGAAUUACCAAAGAGACAAAUAAAUUACAGAGAGAAUUUGCUAAAAUGAAUGUAAAAUCCUCGAUCUCCAAAAAGGUUCGGAAGAAUAAUGAAAAUACGAUCAGGAACUUAAAGAUUUCUAAGGGAAAGAACUUACAUAGAGAGAAACAAGUGAGAAUUGGCAGUAAUAACGCUAAAAGUGCUGGCUCAAUGAAGCAAUAUUCAACUAUAUCCUCGAUGAAGGCAUCUAAUAAGGCAGCAAGGGACAGGUUCCAUAAAAGACUUUCAUCGAAUUUAAUGGAGACACUUCAGGAUUACAUCUCUAUCUGUGAGACAGGCUCAGCAAGUAUGGUAGAGAACCGGAUUAAGAGAACCAGUGGAAAAUUUCAAAGUAAAUAGAGACCAAGAUUUGGUCAUUGAGAGAUUACUCAAGCAGAAGGAGAAAAUAGAGAAUAAUAAAUAAAUUACUUGAGACUACUUAUCGGUGAGAGCAAGCUGCUAAAGAUAAUAUCGAGUCAAAGGUAUCUCACAACGUUCAGCAGAAACCAAGAUCUAGGCCUAAUUUUGAGAAUUUUUACAAAGAUCAAGUGAAUAGAGAGCUGGAAAGAAAAAUUAGACUUGCAACUCAGGCUGAACAUAGACGCAAAAGAGAGCUUUCGUACAAUAAAAAGCCAAGCCUUUCUUCAAAAACUAGGAAAUUAGCAUCUAGUAUGGAACGGAAAGGAAGUAUUCAUGAUCGCCUACAUCAGACAAGCUACAGGAGAAUUGAGGAAAAAGGACAUAAUGCAGUCAAUAGCUUCAUGUCUAAAUUUAGCCUUGAGGUACCUCUUUCAAGCCGAAAAGCCAACAAAAGGUUUCAUUCUGCAGGUAGAGAGGACUGAACAUUCCACCCUAAAAUAAGUGAGAGGACAAAAUAAUAUCCAAUACUCUCAAAGUUUUGGAGACAGACUAUUCUCAGAUGCUACUCAGAGAAGAGACAGAAGGGAGAUUUCCCGAUUACAAGAGGUCAACAAGAUCAAGGAGAGUAAGGUAGUAAAGAACUCCUCUAAAUCUUCCCAAUUAGCUUACAAGAAGUUUAGCAGGGAUUUUAGAAAUGCUCUGAAGAAUAACAGAAGAGUCAAGGAUAAGUUAAACUUCUUGGAUCUAUGAAACCUCAUGAUAGAUCUUCAUAUGAUAGACACUAAGCUACUCAAUACCAACAAAAGUGAUGAAGAAAGAGAGUUGAUUAGAGAAAUCUGGAGACUUCUAGGAGGAGAGAAUGAAGAAGAUGAAAUUCCAACAAUCAGUGUGAGGAACUUUAUCUGAAUAAUUCUCAACUUUGAUCUACCCUUCCUGUAUUUUCCUUCUCUAGAUUCCCUAGAUGCUAAUCAAUUCGAUCAGAAUACAGUUGGGAUUAUUUCUGCAGAAGGAAUCUUUUUCUUAAGAGAUAAGAAAGAAAUCAAGAAGAUUCAUAAGAGCUUCUAUGUAUUUUGACUCAACAGGUUUAAUAACUUAUCUGGCCAGAAGUCUGAGAGGUCUCGUUCUUUAAGCAAUAGAAGAUCAAGAAGAAAGAACAGAGAUUUCAUACCAAAAAUUAAUUCAUACUCAAAAAUGAUAGAUAGGAGGAAUAACAGAUCUUGUGAUAGACGAGAGAAUAUGCUCCUAAAUGCUGGGAAAAAGUAUAUUGAGGUCCAAAACCAGAAGUCAUUGGAGAAGCAAUCUCAUGAACUUGACAGCUGAACCUUCUUUCCUGAUACAGAAAAAUUAGGAGGAAAUACUAAGAUAAAUACUAGCGAUACUGGGUUUAUAAAGAGUUCAAUUAUCUCAGAGCAGUCGAUGAACUUGAUAUCGAUCAACAGUGAGCAACAACAAACACAAACAACUAAUGAUAAGUUUUUACAGGAUUUGGCAAAGAUUUCCCCUAUUAACAGAUCAAAUGUAUCGUCGAUUGCGUUGAAGCAUAAAUCUCACACUGUAUUUCCCUACAAGCCCUUGCCAGAGAUGGAUUCAGAGGGUCUAGCAGAAAAGGCUCAGAAGGAAAGCUCUCAAGAUUAUGGAAUACAAGGGAACAACUCAACACAAGAAACUCAGAAAGAAAACGAUGAUGACGAGGUGGUCUUCAAGACUAAUUCCUCUCUAGAGGAUUUUAAACCCUCAAAAGGAAGUAAUAAUGAUCUAUUUUAUUAUAAGAAACCUACUAUUAAUGAUGUUGAAAGAAGCAUUAGAGAGAACAGCCUUGAAAAAAUAUCCCCGAUAAAGAUAACGACCCGCUCAGGAGACCUAGAUGAUGUUGCAGAUGAGAUAGAAGAAGGACAUGAGAUCAAGAUUAUAGAAGAUCCCCUUAGCGAUAAGUAUGAACAGCAGGAGACUUAUGAGAAUUUCUUCCCAUCAACCCCAAAUAAAAAGGAACUAAAGGAAAUAAUAAUUGAUGAAAAGGAUCUCUCAAGUCCUUCGCAAGAAGUCACUAACUCGCUCAACGAGCAAGAAGAAGAAGAGUUAUCUGAAGAGGACUCUCAAAUACCUUUGCUCUUCGUAGAUGUUAAUCUCGGUAAAGGAGUUAUGAAGAGGAUUAUCCUCUACGAAGAAGAUGACCCGAAGUAUAUUGCAGAGAUGUUCGCUAAGGAUAAUAAGUUAGAACCAAACAUGAAAGAAAAGCUAGAGACACUCCUUAAGAAGCAGAUGGAAGGGGUCCUAUCUAAAAUAGAUGAAGAUGAUGAGAAUGAAGAGUCCACAAGUAAUUAAGCCAUUGAUAAUUUAUUUAACCAUUACA